GCACCAAAACUCACAUCCGAGGAAUAAUAACAGAAUGGCACCCAAUGUUCAAUGGCCUCAACAUAUGAACCAAAACUACCCGCAGUUUGUAUUACAACACCAACAAAAUGACUUAAACACUAACCAAAUGAAAGAACCACAUUAUCUCCACUCUGGACAACAAGUAUUUUUAUCGUCGAUUGCAAACUAUGGACAGCAAACCAUGAAUAACGAACCGCAACAGCAUUUGAAUCAACAGCCAAUACGUCUAAUAUAUCCGAAUCCAAACGCAUCACAAUUACAGUCAGGUAUUCAAUCGUUUGGUGGUCUAAUGAAUGGCUCGCAUCCGCACCAAUCUGUAGCCAAUCAAAUGAAUUCAAUGUCUUUUCCUCUCCAAUCGUCUUCAAAUGGAAUCAAUUUCGCUGGCAAUCAAUCAAAUAUUCAAAAUAAUACAUUGAUUUCGCCCCCAAUUAAUGGUCCGUUUGGGACACCUCUUCAGGUUCCGUCAAAUAUGGGAAAUGUAUGGAUCAUUGGUAACGGACUGUACCCGCAGUCGACAUCACCGAUGAUAGCGUGUCCACCGCCUGCUAAUACUCCUCCGAGCGGUUCGAUUGGUUCAAACAUCGCUCCAUUCGUAGGCAUGUCUUACCAACACUAUAGGCCGCAAAUGAACUCAAACGCAGCUCAAUCCAGAGCACCCCCACUGCUCAAAAACCAUCCAAUUAUGACACCUCAGGCCAAUCCGCACCGCAUUGUCUCAUCCAAUGGCAACCAAUAUGUUCAGCAAUCAGUGCCCGAAAUGCUAGACAUAAUGGGUGCCAAUAAUUAUGUAAACCGAGGCCCUGUUGUGCCGCAAGUGAAUCAAAUGCGGCGAAUGCCCGUCAAUAUGAAUCAAGGCCUCGACGUGCGACUCCCAAGCGUUCAGUCAUUCACUCAAUGCAUUCAACACUCAAAGGACAUGACGUACAGCACAGGGGAAGUGUCCCAUCACUACAGAGCCAAAGACACGAUGAACGGGACUGAAGUGCAGAUGAAACUAACGGAGAUGUGUUCGCUCUUAUAUCCCAACCACUGCUGCGAUGAAGUGAUCGGUCACUUCUUGGUGUCGAAGCCGUGUCUGACCACAAUAGUGUCCAAAACUCUUGGAUACGGCAUAAUCAUGGGCUCAACGCUCGUGAAGAUGCCUCAGUUGCUGAAGAUAUGGGGCGCCGGUAGUGGUGAGGGAAUCAGUUUCGCUGGCGUUGUCCUCGAACUCAUUGCGAUGACCUUUUCGGCCGCCUAUGCCUUCGCCAAUCACUUCCCGUUCAGCGCUUGGGGUGAAUGUCUCUUCUUAAUGCUGGUCACGGCUCUCAUCGCAUCCCUGGUCCUCAACUAUCAACGCAACCAACUCUCGGCCCUCGCAUUCAUCGUCUCUUACGUGACGCUAACCUAUGUUUUGAUGAGUGGUUUGACUCCGAUGUCGGUGUUGUGGUCACUGCAAGCCGUGAACCUUCCGCUCGCGAUUUCCGGGAAGAUGUUUCAGGCGUUCGUUAAUCUGCGGAACGGAAACACCGGACAGUUGUCUGCCAUCACAGCUGUACUCAUAUUUUUGGGCGCUUUUGCCCGUAUAUUCACAUCACUUCAAGAAACCGGUGAUCUUCUGGUUGUGUGGACUUUUACGGCCGCCUCUGUCGCCAACUUUGUACUAUUGGCCCAAAUCUUCUACUAUUGGGAACAAACCAAUCAAUACCUCAACGCUUUGCAGAAGAAGAAAAAGAAGUAG